AUGCCAGCCACGCCCAAGAAAGGCAAAAAACCGCGGGAAAAUAUUUUGUCCGAGAUCUUGUUCCAAACGAACCUCUUCCUCCACACACUCAUGCCUACCCGGAACGAGUACGAGUCCUGGGUCUUGGCUAAUUUACAGUCCAUCGCGACACUUGAGUCUUCGCUGAGGUCGCUAACCUGGUUUUUGCCAGGAAGAUUCAAGGAUGCAGAACUGGCGUCGGAAGCGCUUGCUGCCUCGCUCAAUCUUGUGAGCAUGUAUCAUGAUACCCUCCUCGCAAAGGUUGCAAAGAGGAAUCCUAAUUACCGUCCACUCAUUCCGUCUUCACUACACACGCGUUUUACUCGCGCCUGGUCGGACACCAACAACCAAUAUAAAUGGGCGGCUCGUUCGCUUGAGCUCAUCCGCUUCACCGAACUUGUUCUUGAGAUGGGUCUUCGUCGCAAAGUCUCUCCUCGUGCGCGAUGGCGCAGUGUCGUAUUGCUCGAAAUAAUCAAAGCAAUUUUACGCUUGAUACUUCUUCGUAUCACUCGACGUCCAUUGCUUUCCCCACCAAUCCCCGAACGCGAUUUCGAUCCCGAGUCUGUCCCGCAAGAGAAUGACGCGUCAGCCCAGUCUGUCGAGCGAUCGUCAGGCUCAUCUUCUCCACCAGCCACACCGGCUCACCUGAAAAACAACCGUGUUCCUUUGCCGCCCCACUCGCUUUUGACAACUCCGCCUCCACCUGCGACCGAAUCAUCGGUAGAGGAAUAUCUCCUUCCUAAAGCCCUGACUACAUCUGCUGUCAAGCCUUCCCACACGUUGAUGAAAACAAUGGCUUCUCCGCGCGACUGGCUGGCGGAGAUAGUUUACAUCCUGCGCCCUCUCGUUUACGUUUCUUUGUUGGUGUCCAAUGAUAAAAAAUCAACGCGGCCGUUAACCGCCGCAUUAAUCUUGGAGGUCCUGUCUAGGAUCCUUCGUAGAAGCCCUCCACCACAUGCGUCCCUAGAGCGUUCUGAAUAUGCUCGUCGAGACCGAGAUAUGGCGUGGUAUCUACUCCGAGGCUCAAUUUGGGAGUCAUACACCAAACCCAAGUUGGAAUCUUUCGCUGCGGUCACUUCGUCGCGUCCGCUUCUCGGGCUGUUUGGAGCGCUGGUGCGAGAUUGGAUACCACUCAUCGACGAAUAUUACUACUGUAAGUGUUGUGAUGAUUCAAAUGUUUGCUGUGCCUCUGAACUAGUAUCCAGAUACUGCUCCCUAGUCCUACGUAAGCUGUACUUCAAACCGUGA